AUGAGCAGAGACGUGUGUGGUGUAGCUGUAGCCUGGUUCUGGUCCACCACCACCAUUACCACUGUUGUAACCCACCGCGUGGCGAUAGAACGCAGAAUUAAACCAGACAUGAGAGCCUUCAGGAACACGCAACUACGAAGAGACAUACUGCAGAACUGUCUCUCGAUAACACAGAGCAGCAACGGAAACAACGCAGCAGCCCCGGCAGCGGGUAUGGAGGUCUCGCCAUCCUGCACGGUGAACCCAGACCUCGCUGACGACAGCCUCUUCAACUCGGCCUUCCACAGCGCACACGCCCGGCCUGAGCAGCCGCCCCAGCGCUUCCUUGUCCACGACAGUACCUUCUACUCGCAGGCGCAACUCGACCGCAUGAAGAACUACAUGGGCAAGCUGCCACUGCAGAGAGAGUGGAUCAGAUGAGCCGGCGGCGGCAGGUGAGGCUGGAUGGGCGAGUACAGGACUCGCCAAUGCAUCCCGGAAAGGCCUUCACAGGGACAGACAGAUGGCUGAGCAGCAGACGGCGCCGCGGGGGCGGUGUGUCCGGAGCAAGACUGGUCGACAUGUCGGCAUGUCGGCAUGUCGGCACGUCAGCAUGAGAGACGUCUGGAGGUUGAGUUUAUACUUUUUUGAUGACCUUUUUUUUUAGACCAGAGAAAACCCUGUUUUCGGGUUAAUAUUAAUAAUAAUUAUACUUAUCCUAUCAAUAAAUGCAUUCUAUAUAUACAG